GGAAACCACACGAAGCUUCCCUACAACAAGCGGAAGCAUCGCGAAGAGGCGACGCUCUGCCAACUGCAAACGGGAAGAAGCCGUCUCAAUUAUUCUCUCGAAAAGUUAGGAGUGACAGACUCGGACACAUGCGAAUGCGAUGGAAGAACGAGCGACACUGUAAGGCACUUCAUAUUUGAAGGCCCACGAUGGGAGGCACAACGGCGGAAACCGAGAGAGGUAGCUGGGUCAAGGUGGAAAGAUCUAUCGUACUUCUAA